UCGGCGAGUUCCGAGUGUGUGUCUGGGUCCGCCGGCGUCUCGCAGCUGCGCCCGUGGGGGAGAUCGCUGGGAAUCCCCGCCGGAGGCGUCACCCCGGUCGCCGCCGUCAGCUCGCGAGCCGCUGUCCCGGGAGGCGGCCCGGCGCGCGCCGGGCGGGAAGAUGCUGCCCCUGUCCAUCAAGGACGAUGAGUACAAGCCGCGCCGGUUCAGUCCGCUCGCCAAGGUCUCGGGCUGGUUCAGGUCGAUCCUGGCGGACAGGACGUCCCGGAACCUGUUCCUGUUCCUGUGCCUGAACCUCUCCUUCGCCUUCGUGGAGCUGCUCUACGGCAUCUGGAGCAACUGCCUAGGCCUGAUUUCCGACUCUUUCCACAUGUUUUUCGAUAGCACUGCCAUUUUGGCUGGAUUGGCAGCGUCUGUUAUUUCAAAAUGGAGAGAAAAUGAUGCUUUCUCUUAUGGGUAUGCUAGAGCAGAAGUUCUGGCUGGCUUUAUCAAUGGCCUAUUUCUGAUCUUCACUGCUUUUUUUAUUUUCUCAGAAGGAGUUGAGAGAGCGUUAGCUCCUCCAGACGUACACCAUGAAAGAUUGCUUCUUGUCUCAAUUCUUGGGUUUGUGGUAAACCUCGUAGGAAUAUUUGUUUUCCAGCAUGGAGGUCAUGGACAUUCUCAUAGCUCUGGACAUGGACACAGUCAUUCCCUCUUUAAUGGUGCUCUGGAUCAGAGCCAUGGCCAUGCAGAUCACUGCCAUAGCCAUGACUUGAAACAUGGUGCUACCCAUAGCCACGAUCACGCUCACAGCCACGGCCACGGGCACUUUCAUUCUCAUCAUGAUGGCCCCUCCUUAAAAGAAACAGCAGGACCCAGCAGACAGAUUUUACAAGGUGUAUUUUUACACAUUCUAGCAGAUACACUUGGGAGUAUUGGUGUAAUCGCCUCUGCCAUCAUGAUGCAAAAUUUCGGUCUGAUGAUAGCAGAUCCAAUUUGUUCCAUCCUGAUAGCCAUGCUCAUAGUUAUAAGUGUUAUUCCUCUUUUAAAAGAAUCAGUUGAAAUAUUAAUGCAGAGAACUCCCCCACUAUUGGAAAAUCAUCUGCCUCAGUGCUAUCAGAGGGUCCAACAGUUACAAGGAGUUUAUAGUUUACAAGAGCAACACUUCUGGACUCUGUGUUCUGACGUGUAUGUUGGGACCUUGAAAUUAGUAGUAGCACCUGAUGCUGAUGCCAGAUGGAUUGUAAGCCAAACACAUAAUAUUUUUACUCAGGCUGGAGUGAGACAGCUUUAUGUACAGAUUGACUUUGCGGCCAUUUAACGAAUGAAAAGGAAUUAUGCUUUGCUGUGGACUGGACUCUUUGGUACUGUACCAUCUUACCCAGCUUUUCACAGCAGAGAGACCAUCACUACAGUCCCUCCGCACCAAGGGCACCAGUCAGUGGUCAUUGGUGCCGUGUUGGAGUCCACAGGCGAGGGAUCAGAUCAAGAGGAUCUCUCCUAAGCUUUCGGUCGGGUCUUUUGUAACCUUCCCUUCAAACCACUUUGAUUUCUGAGGGUUCUGGCUUUGCGCCCUGGGUUUUGUUUGAUUCUCCCUCUCCCGCUCCUUGGCCCCAAUGCAAAUACCCUCGGUCACACUCCUCAUCCCAGCCAGGCAGGAUUUAGGUGUGGCCUCCAGUCACCCGGAGUGUCCUCACCGACACUGCUGGAAACCACUUUCAUCCCAAGAAACCAGUGUUAUUAAACAAAGGAAUAGAAAUAUGUUUUCUAUGUAAUGUCACAGUUGUUGACGUUCUUCAGUAUAAUCAUAUGUUUGUAAAAUUGUUUGUACCUUGCAAACUUAUGAACCAAACCAUAUUGGGUUUUCCAAGUGCCUUUUAUCAGAAAAUGUGCCAGCAUAGAAAUGUACCAUCAACGGUCAUAGAAUUUCUUUUUUAAUAGAUCUUCUGUAAUCCGUCCAAAUAAGACUUCUCAGUGUUGUAUACAGAUUGUCUUUUUGUGUACAGCCAUUCUAGGUUUAGUUAUGUGAAAAUUUCCCCUUCAUUUUACUGCAUCAAAAAAAUAAAAGGUGUUAUUUUGCUUUUCAGAUCAAAUUCAGUUAUCACAUUAAAUGACUUUGUGGAGUUUAUUUUCAAAAUUUGGAUAUGCAUCUGUUUACCCCGCUGUUUUGACUUAUAUAAAACAUCUAAAAUUCAGAUUUCUUAAAAGUUCUGUCUUUGAAAUGUCUCCCCUCCUCCCCACCCUGCUUGCUUUAAAUUUUGGUAGAGGGGUCUGGGGAUAUUUGAGUCACAGCUGGUGGUGCUCAGGGCUGCUUCUGGCUCUGUGUUCAGGGGUCAUUCCUGAGGGUGCUUGGGGGACCAUACGAGGUGUCGGGGUCAAACCAGGCCUGCUACAUGCAAGUCAAGCGACUUAACCCCUGUUUCUUCAAGCCUCCCUGCUGUUUUUAUGGGUUUUAUUAAUGAAUAGAAAGGCAAUAUAGAGAGAAGACAAAUAGAUGUGAUGUUAUUUUUCUUUUUUGAUUUUCAAAUACCAUGUCAUUCGAUUUGUCUUUCUGUGCAAGUAUUGCAUUAUACAAUUGCUAGAAUUACAUGGUAAUACUGAACUCUUCCUCACCUAGGUAUCUUAGGAAUUAAGAACUAAGUCGAUUUCCAAGUUCUUGUGUAUUUGAAAAAUAAAAUUGCUAUUUGAAAUUAGACUUUGAACAUUCUACUCAAGUAGUUUGUUUGGUGAAGAAGUAUUGAUCUGGGUAAAUAUGUUUCCAUUGUAUUUCAUUUUGUCAUAAUGUAUAUUAUCUUUUAACUAAAAAUAGCUGCAGUUGUGGGAAAACCUUGUGGGGUAGAAAUGAUUGUUUAGAAUGUGGAUAAAUAAUAAGCACUUUUUCACUGGUAUGACAGAAAUCACUAUUGUUUUUAGUUUAGUACUUUGCCCCCAUAUGGGUGAGAACUUUGCUCCCAUAUUCAACCUACAAUUUGCAAACUUUCAUUAGGAAAAUGCUUUCAUCAUGCUCUUCUAAACUACUGAGGAUUGCCAAAAUCUGUCUUGUCCGUGUUCCCUUUUUUGAAGAUUAAGUAGUAUUUUCAAAACAUUUUAUUUAAUGUCAGUCAAGAAUUCUCACAUAGGAUGUAUUUAACUAAAACAACUGUUGAGACAUUUUAGGAGGAAAAAUACAAAGGGAAUAAGAUCCUGUUAACAUGUGCUGGUCUUUCAUUAUAUGUAAAUCAUCACUUGGGCUUCUGCAACCACUACCAAACCUGAUAGAACUCUGAGAUAUUCUGUAGAUUGGGCAUGUAAUGGAAGAUGACAGUUCUAGAUGAAGGCAGGGAUUUGGGAUGUGGGUCUUUAUAAAAAAACUAUCUGUAGGCAGCAGGUAGGGUGUUUGCCUUGCAUGCAGCUGGCCACCCUGGUUUGAUUCCCAGCAUCCCAUAUGGUCCCCUGAGCACCGCCAGGGGUAAUUCCUGAGUGCAGAGCCAGGAGUAACCUCUCUGCAUCGCCAGGUGUGACCCAAAAAGCAAAAUAAUAAUAAUAAUAAUAAUAAUAUAAAAUAAUAAAAACUAUCUGUAGGGUGGGAAAUACCAGAAAUAUUGCUCGGCAGUAGAGCACUUACCUUACACUUUUCCUGACACUGCCAAAAAAAAAAAAAAAAGAAAUGAAAAACUAUAAUUGUACUGAUAUGGAAAUACUGUUUGCCCUGGUAUGUGCAACAUUCAUGCUUUAAUUAAAUGUUUAUAUGUUAAUGAGUGCAGCAAUAAAAAAUUAGGAAGAGAAAAGCAAUUUCUUCACACUUAGGAUAGAUAUGGUGUUCUUAGCUUAGACAUAUGGCUAAAGAAGGUAAUUUCACUGAGAAAUACUACCUGACUCGUGUUAUAAAAUAAAUCCUGACCUAUUGCUGGGUUAAACUUUUACAGAAAAAGAAAUCUGUACCUGAGUAUAACUAAUAAUACCUUUUAGAAAAAAACUAUCUUGAGAACAGAUUUGUCAUGCUCAGAAAAAAGUUUAUGUCACUAAGUAAACUUCCCCCAGACAGAAAUAUACUGAUGCUAGUUUGUGUUGUUAAAGCUAAAUGAUUGUCAGAUGAAAGGUCUAUCGUAUGUCUAGCUUCCUCCUUUUGCUGGCUGGCUCCCUGUAUACCUUUUCUGAAGGAUGUUCUCAGGCUGAUAUGUAGCCAGUGUGCCUCACUCAGCGCGAGCCCUGCAGCCUCUUCUAUAGAGGCAUAAAGAAACGCAACAGCUCUUACUACUAGUGAGAUUUUCCAUGAAUCUGGAAUGCUUUAGAAUUUUUCAGAGCCUGCAUGUACACACCUGUUAGCAAAAUACUGUAAGUUUUGUGCACAUUUGUAAAGUAGCUAACUCACUGAAAUUCAGAUAGUUAGUUACAGUCACUAUCUCAAAUGCAAUUGAUUAGAGUUCCCUAACAUUUUAAUCUACAAUGAAAUAAUCCAUUUUAUGGAGAUUAUUAAUACGGUAGCAUCCUCACAUUGAGUAAUGGGACUUAGAAGCAAAAAUGUCAUUGCCCAUCCGAAAUAUGGCCAAGGGGACUGUUUUUAGAAGCAAUCUCUACCUCUCAUUUUAGAGAUGAGAAAACUGAAGUCCAGGAAAACUUUUGUUACAGGAUUAGAAUUCAAGUCUUCUGACUCCAAGUCUAGAGGUUGUUUUUUUUCCCUCUCUCUUCUGUGUGGCCUCUCCAGUGUGGUAUUUUAGCCUUUCUGUAAAUGUGACGAGAUGCCUCUGACCUCUAUUUUUGGUACAUUAAGGCACUUUAUAGAGUUUUAUUGUCUCAUUUUCAUAUCUUAUAGGAAGCUUAGCAUAUUAUUUCCAUAGUAUUCUUUAUGAAAAAUGCCAUUUUUUACUUUUUUCUAACAUUUUUAACUCUUAGGAAAGCAGUUCCUGAUUAAAAACAAAAACAAACCAAAUGACCUCUAUGCACUGGGUACUUUCCAUCUGUGAGUGGCUUUUUUUCUAUUCAUUGCCCAAGGCUAAAUUCAAUUUAAAGAGUACUUUCCUUAUUUUAAAAAACUGUGUAUUUUUUAGAAACCAGCCUAAUUCACAGGUCAUAUCAUUUCAGUCUUCUUACUGUAAUUUUUAGUCACAGGAGAGCCUUUGCAUUUUUAAGAUUAUUUUCAGCGCCAUACAAAAUUAGGCAUAAAAUUUUACUCAGAAAAAUUCUUUUCAUUCAGCUGGGCAAAAAAAUUGAAGCAUUACAGAAUUUAAAAUGCUAAACUCAUACUUUCAGCAUUUCAUUAUUUAUUACCUUGAAAAAAAGUUGCCUUUUUUUGACAUCUUUAAAAUGAAUUAUUUUCUAAUUCAGAACUUCAUAACAAGAUAAUUGUUUUAUUCUCUGAAGAACCUUAAGUUUUAUUAAUGGAAGAGGAUUGUUUCAAGACUCAGUUCCUUAGAACUGUGGUGAUCCAGAUUUCCACCAUACUAUCAAGACAGAAUAAAAUAGAACGAAAACUUGUAUUUCAAAAAAGUGUUUGAGGAGAUGUAUACCUCUAUUUAAAAGCCAAAUAAAUAUUAUUCUUCUUAUUCUGGUAUCUUUAGUUUCUGAUUAACUAUAUCCUAAAUACAAAUUAUACAGAAGAAAAAUGGAAUAGAAUUCUACUAUGUAUAUAUGUGCCAGGUUCAUUAUGUGGCCUUUUUAAUUUUAAUCACAUUUAAAAUCCUCCCAUUUCUAGACAGAAUUCUCUGUGAUUUUCUGAUUGACAGCAUUUUCAAAUAUAUUUUCUCUCUGGUUUUCCUAAUACCCCAUGGAAGACAUGUCUUACCUUCAUUUUAAAGAUGAAGAUGCUAUUAGAGUUUAAAUGGCUUGCUUGAUGAAGGACCACGGUUAGAAGAGAUGCAGAAUACAGUGCUUUUUCUUACUACUCUGCUAGUGAGUCAUUCUACAAAGAAAAGGGACAUCUAUGUUGUAGAUCUCUAAAUAGAUGGACUUAGAAAAUUUGCGAACUACCACAAUGACUAAAUUGCUAUGGGAAACUUGUUAAUAUAUAUUUUGUAGACUCAUUACUUCUUAUAAUAUUCUCUUUGCGUAUUUUCCACCUUUACUGUUGGACUUGUGCAGGCUGAAAGGAAUAAUCAGAAUUCCUUCAAGCAAUUUUAAAACCUUAAAGUAAAAAUGAUCACAAGUUUUAUUGAUAUAGAGAAAACUGUUUGGAACUGACUUAAGGGAGCCAGAGAAAUCAAACUCCUUGCUUAGUUUAUUAGGGAAUUAUCUUCAAGGAGUAGUAAUUUUUUUAUGCUGUAUUUAAAAGUAAUAAGGAGUUUGGUUGUACUACUUUUGUGGACACCUUUUCAAAAAUUGUAAAUCUUAUUAUUUAGCUUCGAACUUUUACUAUAACCACAGAAAUUUAUUUUGUAAUGUUGAUUAUGUUGGAAAGUUUGUAACAAAGAAUAUUUGUCUCAAAAAUCCUACUUUUCCCCAAGCUUGUAAUGAGUUUAUCAUAGUAACAAGCUGAGUAAAUGUUAACAGCAGAAGUGAAUAUUGCAGACAAGUGAUUGGAAUAGGUAAAGCCAGUGAUUUAUGGUCUGUUGCAGCAGACAGCUCAGCAUUUCUUUGGCAUUUUUUGCACAAACAAGUGACUAUAUUUACUUUGGCUGUUUGCCCCCCAGGCAUGUGAGCUGUUCACUCUUCUAAUCCAGGGUCAGUGGAAGCACAGAGGGGUUCCCCAUCUGCAUGCUGUUGGCCAGGAAUUUGACAAAACUGUGACUGUGAAACCUGGGCCACUUAAAUUUUUACUUUUUGUAUAAGCAAAUAAAACCAGUUUUGGGGGGUUAUGAAUAAUUACCACAUUCACAUAAAAACUGAGUAUAAUGUCUUCUUUGGCAUUUGUCAACUGUAUAUUAUUUAAAUUUUCUUCAGUGGUGUAUUCUGAAGGUGCUUUGAUAAAUAAAACACUAUAUGUCUUCAUUAAGAGAUUAUAGAAUAGGUCUAUGUUUUAUCUUUCUCUCCUCUAACUACUCACUUUCAGGAGAGCUUCUGUUAUUUUCUCACUUUUUAUCUCUUCAUUACUGCUGCCAAAUGUAGAGUUUUCCUCUUUUGCUAGUGAAAAAAAAAAGUUUUAGUUUUAAUUGUGUAUCACAUAUCAUGCAUUAGCCUCAAUGAAGAAUCUGCUUUUAACAAGACAUUUUCCUGUUGAAUUUGCAAAGUAAUCCCCAUUUCUUCCUCUGAUAGCAAAUUCUGAGAUAAUUCCCUCUGUGUGAUCUUUUGCCCCAACGUUUGUGAGUUUGACCAAGUAAACAUCUUUUAUACCAGAAAUACUGUGAAAAUUGCCAAAUCCCUUUUCAGUAUCUUCUAAACAUCCCUACAACACUUUACCUCCCUGUUUUAAAUGCUUUCCAAAUAUAUGACCAACUUGAAUUUUGGUUUGAACCCUUUGGUAAAGAUUAUGUAUGGCAUCAAAACCUUUAAAAACAUGUUUUCAGUACAAGGCUAGGUUGGAGUGUGAAAUAUGAAAGCAUUAUAAUUUUGUUUCAGUAUGCUAAAGUGAAAAAUUUGCCUAAUAAAUACAAUAAAUCCAUUAUGUAUACUUCACAUUUUUCUACUUGAAGACAUUCAUGUAUAUAUUGUUUAACAUCAAUUGUAUUUAAGAAGAAUUAGCAAUUGUAUCAAAAUCUUCCAAUAAAAUACCUGUUUAAAAAUC